GAAAGGAACCGGAUCACCUCCGGAUAAGGCAAGCCUCACUUUCACUUCCUCGGCCUGUCUGUGUAUCCCAGGCCUUGGCCUCUGGGUUCUUGGAGGACAGCAGGGAGGAAUUUGUUUUUUGUAACCCGUCGAGAACCCCCCUCUGCCUGGGACGAGCUCACUCUCGGCUUGCACAGCAGCAGAGCAGCAGCAGCUGGAGGAUUUGAGCUAGCGAGAAAGUCCGGUGUCCUUGAUGCUGCUCAGUCCUGGCGAAGAUGAAAUGCUUCCUUCGGAAGACUUUGCUGACGGGUCUGCCCACGUCCCAGAGAACCCAGAGGCGGCUCACAAGUUCUUUGGUUAGCCACCCAGUUCGGGAGGAGAUGGUGCAAGAAGCUGGUGGUGGUGCCUCCAGCCAGCCACGCAUGAAUCCCCUUGGGAUCCAGAUGCUCUCUAAGGGUCUUCACGAGCAGAUCUUCCGGGGCGCUCAGGUGCAGUAUUCAGAGGAAGACAUCCAGAAGAGCAUGGAACACUUGCAGAGUCAUGACCUGUGGGGCAAAGAGACCUCGGUCCUUCCUGAUGUGGAGCUGCAGCUGCCCCGGAUGUACGGGGCCAACCUUGACGAACACUUCUGUAUCUUGGCGCAGAAGCAGAGCCUUCCCUAUCUGGAGGCGGCUGAGGAACUUCUCAAGUGUGAGAUCCCACCCAUGCCUCUGGAAUGGGCUUGGGAAGUCGGAUGGACGCGAUACGGACCCGGCGGGGAGAGGAAAGCUGUGGAUUUCCCUGAUGAGCGAGCGCUGGUGUUUGAUGUGGAGGUGUGCAUGGAAGAAGGCCAUUGUCCAACUCUGGCUGUGGCCGUUUCUCCCAGUGCCUGGUAUUCGUGGUGUAGCAAGCGGCUGCUAAAGCAACGCUACACCUGGUCCAGCCAGCUGACUUUGUCGGAUCUCAUCCCCUUGGAAACGGGCAGCAGCCCUGCUAAGCGGGAGUGGCCGGAGAGGCUGGUGGUGGGUCACAAUGUGUCCUUUGACCGGGCACACAUCAAAGAACAGUACUUGGUCCAGGGCUCCCAGAUGCGUUUCCUGGACACCAUGAGCAUGCACAUGGCCAUCUCGGGGCUGACAGGGCUUCAGCGCAGCCUUUGGAUGGCGGCAAAGCAUGGCAAGAGGAAAGGGCAGCAGCAAGUCCAGCAGCACAUCAAGAAAACCCGUGGCAAAACCAAAGGCCCUGUGAUUGCCUCCUGGGACUGGGUGGACAUCAGCAGUAUCAACAACCUGGUCGACGUGCAUGCUCUCUAUGUUGGGGGUCAGCCUCUGGAGAAGGAAGCACGGGAACUCUUCGUCAAGGGCAGCAUGGAUGACAUCAGGAAUAACUUCCAGGACCUAAUGAGAUAUUGUGCCCUUGAUGUCCAGGCAACUCAUGAAGUAUUCCAGGAGCAGUUUCCGCUCUUCCUGAAAAGGUGUCCCCACCCUGUGACGUUUGCAGGGAUGCUGGAAAUGGGGGUCUCUUACCUUCCUGUCAAUCAGAACUGGGAGAAGUAUCUGGAUGAAGCUCAGAUCACCUACGAAGAGCUGCAAAAGGAGAUGAAGAAAUCUCUGAUGAACCUUGCGGACAAUGCCUGCCAGCUGCUUCAUGAGGACAGGUACAAAAAUGACCCCUGGCUAUGGGAUCUGGAGUGGGACCUCCAGGAAUUUAAGCAGAAGAAGAAGAGAGCUGGAAAGAAGAAGGAUCAAGAUGGCAAUGAAGAGACCCCCAAAGCCGUGGGAAAGUCCUCCAUGCUGGAAUGGCAGGAAGAUCCUGGCCCGCCCACCGAAGAGGAAGACCAGGGCAUCCUUGAGAGCCGCCUGUGCCUGGACCGCCUAAAGGAGACGGUGGCUUUGCAGCCAAAGAGAAUCCAGCAUCUGCCUGGCCAUCCCGGGUGGUACCGCAAGCUCUGCCUCCGUUUGGGCGACCCCAGUUGGGUGCCUGGACCAAGCCUCAUCAGCCUGCAGAUGAGAGUGACUCCCAAGCUCAUGAGGCUCACCUGGGACGGCUUUCCGCUGCACUACUCUGAGAAACAUGGCUGGGGCUACCUGGUGCCGGGGAGGAAGGACAACCUGCCGGAGGAGGAGGCCGCGGCCCUGGAGGAUGAGUCGCCUCGGUGUCCCUUCAGGGUUAUUGAGCAUCUGUACCGGGAGCAUUGCAGAGAAAAAGGCAAAGAGCAGCCUGGCUCAUUUGACCUCGCCCUGGAAGAAGAACUCAUGUUAACAGAAAACAGCACUUUCUGGCAAAAGGUGGAAGAGCUCAGCCGCCUGGAAACAGAAGCGGAUAUGGAUGCUGUAACCAAGCAACUGAGACAGGAGGAGCUUCAGUCUUCGGAGAGCCAUCCCGACUACCACCAUGGCAACGGCCCUUACAAUGACGUCCACGUCCCCGGUUGCUGGUUUUUCAGACUGCCCCACAAGGACGGGAACGACAACAACGUGGGAAGCCCAUUUGCCAAGGAUUUCCUGCCCAAGAUGGAAGACGGUACCCUGCAGGCCGGCACGGGGGGCUCAGAUGGAACGCGAGCUCUGGAGAUCAACAAGAUGAUCUCCUUCUGGAGGAAUGCGCAUAAACGCAUCAGUUCCCAGAUCGUGGUGUGGCUGAAAAGAGGGGAGCUGCCGCGAUCUGUCACCAGGCAUGCAGAUUACGACGAGGAGGGGAGCUAUGGAGCCAUCUUGCCACAGGUGGUGACUGCUGGAACCAUAACCCGCCGAGCGGUGGAGCCCACCUGGCUGACCGCCAGCAAUGCCAGAGCUGACCGGGUGGGCAGUGAACUGAAAGCCAUGGUCCAGGCCCCUCCUGGCUACCAUCUGGUCGGAGCCGACGUGGAUUCCCAAGAGCUCUGGAUUGCUGCUGUCCUGGGAGAAUCCCACUUUGCCGGCAUACAUGGUUGCACAGCAUUUGGCUGGAUGACCCUCCAGGGGAAGAAGAGCAACGCCACAGACCUCCACAGCAAGACGGCCUCCACAGUGGGGAUCAGCCGGGAGCACGCCAAGGUCUUCAACUACGGGCGCAUCUAUGGGGCAGGCCAGCCCUUUGCCGAGAGGCUCCUCAUGCAGUUCAACCACCGCCUGACGCAGCAGCAGGCCGAGGAGAAGGCUUGCCAGAUGUACGCCGUCACGAAGGGGAUCAGGCGAUGCCACCUGUCUGAGGAAGGGGAGUGGUUGGUGAAGGAGCUGGGCAUCCCGGUGGAAAGGGCCGCGGAUGGUUCUGUCUCCCUGCAGGAUGUGCGGAGGAUCAAGAGAGAAGCAGCGAAAAGGUCUCGGAGGACCAAUUGGGAUGUGGUGCGCCAGAGAGUGUGGGCCAGCGGGACCGAGUCGGAGAUGUUCAACAAGCUGGAAAGCAUUGCCAUGUCUCCGUCGCCUCGUACACCCGUGCUGGGCUGCCACAUUAGCAGGGCACUGGAGCCUGCUGCUGUCAGGGGCGAGUUUAUAACCAGCAGGGUGAACUGGGCGGUCCAGAGCUCAGCUGUGGAUUACCUGCACCUCAUGCUGGUGGCUAUGAAGUGGCUCUUUGAGGAGUUUGACAUUGAGGGGCGCUUCUGCAUCAGCAUCCACGACGAAGUGCGCUACCUCGUCCAGAGUGAGGACCGCUAUCGGGCUGCUCUCGCCCUGCAGAUCACCAACCUCCUCACGCGAUGUAUGUUUGCCUAUAAGCUAGGCCUGCAAGAUCUGCCUCAGUCAGUGGCCUUUUUCAGUGCAGUGGACAUCGACCGGUGCUUAAGGAAAGAAGUGACCAUGGAUUGCGUCACACCCUCUAACCCAACAGGAAUGGAAAGGAAAUACAACAUCCCGCAAGGUGAUGCACUGGAUAUAUAUCAACUUCUUGAAAAAACCAAAGGCUCUUUGGAAAAAGCAAAAUAAGGCCUGAGAUUCAGGCAAAGACGGAUUGGAGCAACUCAGGGAGUCUUCGCGGAAGCAGUCUCUUUCUUAAGCAAAUGGCCAGUAGAGUGACUUUUCUUUCCACUCUGAGAAGUAAGAGGGUGGGGCCAGAUAUAGUAGCAGCAGACCUCCCCAGUGGGUCUGUGCCACAAGAUCCAGGCCAGAAGGGAACGCUGCAAGGAUAGGCCAGGACUGUUCUUCAGGACUGUUCUUCAGGAGCAUGUACCAUUUUUGGUACAUGCUCUCAAGAGAUCAUGGGUGAUUCAAACGACGAAGAGAUCCCUUCAAACGUGCGCCCUGUUAAAGCUUGUGUUAGGAGGCAGCGCUGUGUGCCCGUUAGGGCUAUGUAAAGUGCACAGAAGCCAAGGCUGGGAAUAAACAGGACAGCGCUUCA